UUCAUCUUCAAUGUAGUUUAUCGUUUGAUUGAAAUAAUGAUGGAGAGAGCUGAUGCACAAGAGACUCGCAGGAAGCUAUGAUUGUUUGAUGAUGAUGAAACCAAGGAAUGAAGGUGAAGAUGCGAACAGGGGUCUUGACGAGGAUAGAGAAGAUGCAACUGCGUCAGGUGGGCUUUUGGACGAGUGGGCCUUUUGGUUCUAGGAAGGGAGACGAGGCAAGGCCCAACAAUCGGGAUGUGGCAGCAUCUUGCUAAUCUUUACUCGAAGCCCAGUGCUUCUCGUAAAUUUGAUUUGGAGUGUGAUCUGGGUCGUCUGACCCAGGGUGAUUCUGACAUCAGCUCAUAAUAUCAGGUUGCGGUUACUCUCUGGACUGAGCAUGAUCAUUUGAUGAGCUCUAUGUUGACUGGUGCUGCAUCGACUGACGCCAUUCGUUAGCGUCAAAGCAUUCUUAAUGCAUCUGCGGCCCGAGUUUGAAGGGAUUUGAGCUUCUCUUCUGCAUCGUAUUGUGGAGACUAUGGAUGAGAUUCUUGGGGAGCUUCUUCGUGAGGAAACUCGUCUUAAGAGUCAGGCUAAGUUGGAUAUUCAUGCUAGUGAUUCUCAUUCUGCCUUUGCUGUUCAGGGAGGGAAACCUCAAUUUCAUCGUACUACAAAGGGUGAGAUCCUCUGUCACUAUUGCAAAAAACCUGGUCAUAUUCAGUAGCACUGUAAGAAGAGGAAUGUGUGUAAUUAAUGUAAGCAGGAGGGGAUUGCCGACUUCCCUAACAAAAAAAAUAUGUGUAACUACUGCAAGCAGGAAGGCCACGUGAUUGCUGAUUGUCCCAUGUUUGCUCGUUGUGUCCGUGGCAAGCCGGGUGGCUCGCGUGGAGGUCCUGGUUCUGGCUCUGCUUAUGCCACAAUUGCAAUAGAGUCUACAGAGUCCUCUUCUCUUACGUUUGCUGAUGUACGUCGUUUGGUUCAGGAUGCGUUGAAGGAGGCCUUGCCCAAUGCCUUGACAUCUGCGUUUGCCAUGGGUAAGGAUUCUUCUUCUGGUUCUUGUCAUGUUGAUUCAGCCACAUAUAAUCAUAUGACUAGUUCUCAUAGUGCUUUUCGAUCACUUGAUAUGUCGGUCUCAUGUCUUGGGUUACAAGCUGCCAAUGGGUCCAUUAUGUCAAUUGUUGUUGUGGGUCAUGUUGCUCAGCCUCAUAUGUCUCUCCCGAAUACUUUAUAUGUUCCCAAACUCGCUCCCAAUCUUGUUUCAUUGGGUCAACUUGCCGAUGGUGGUUGUCCGGUUAUCUUUGACAAUACUGGGUGUAUUUUGCAGGACACGAGGACGGGGAAGAAAAUCAGGUGAGACAGUAAGAAGGGUCGAUCGUUCCUGCUGGAUUCUUACUCUGGAUCGGGCAGGUUGAUGUUCGUGCAUGGGCAAAGUCGGGCAAGGAGGAAUUGAUGGAUGCCAGGAGUUCUUUUGAUGUUAGUAGUGAUAGUUUGGUUUAUCCAGUGAAGUUAUCUGACUGGGAUUUAUGGCAUUUUCGAUUGGGACAUCCCAAUUCUGUGAGACUUUGUACUAUGUUUCAGAAUAAAUGGUUAUCUGGUAC